AUGACAAAAGAGACAUUUGAAGAGGACGUAUUUUGCUGCGCUCUCUCUGUUAAGAAUCUUCAUUCAUACUGUCACGGUUGCUUGAAAAAUGAUGCAAGUCUCAAGAGAUGUAGCGGGUGCAGAAUGUUUGUUUAUUGUUCCACAGCUUGUCAGAAGAAGGAUUGGCGUUUACAUAAAAACGAGUGCACAGCUUGCAAGGCAAUCGAUGGUGUUUCAAAUGAGGAGAUUAGACUCGUGAUGAGAAUGGCUGUCAAGUGGAACGUUGGAGAUAUGGGUGAAGUUGAGGCUGAUGGAGUACCGCGGUCUCUGUCAACCCUAGAAUUCCACGAUAGUGCGCUUGAGGCUAAAUCUGUCCAGUUUCUUGAUGAAUACAAGCAGUUUUUUCGCAAACAGGUAGUUGGAGACGGCGUUAUAAAGAGGUUAUGCAAGGUGGCAUGUGUGAACAGUUUUGCUCUCACGAAUGAGUUUGGGACCUCUAUUGGAAUGUCAUUGUGCAUUCGACUUAGUGCCAUCGAUCAUUCUUGUCGUCUUAACGUGCGAUAUGCUUAUAGGGGGGUACAAGCGGUGAUGGUCCCCACUUCAAGUUCGCGAGUUCCAUCUUCAUUGGAAGAAGCUAAACACUCCUAUAUCAAUGAGCUGAUGCCACGUUCAAUGCGAAGGGAGAUUUUGAAGCGGGAUUAUAACUUCGAUUGUUCUUGUGAGGGAUGCAUGGAUGAAGAGCGGAAUGCCCGCAUGGAAGGUUGGUGCUGUGAACAAUGCAAAGACGGUUGGCUACCACCCACGGAAGACUCCAAAUGCACUAUGUGUGAAUGGAGACUGACUCGCGAUCAUUACGAAGUAUGUAGAUUGGCGGAAGAAACAGCCAAAUCUGGCAAUAAGGUGCUGCUGGCGGAUCAGUAUAAACACGAAGCCAAACUCAAAAUGGCCCACACUAUGAUGCCAGUGUUUGAAGGGGCGCUCUACGCAUACAACGUAUUGCGGGUCCCCAGCCUGCGAACCCUCUUCGAGAACGCAGUCCUUGAAAAAAACGCCGAAGAAAUGAUCAAAUAUGGUGGCGCAUUACUACAUUUGCAAGAGCAGUAUCAAGAUAGAGACGAUCUAGCUUUGUGUCACUUGAAGUAUGGAUUAGCUCAGGCGUACAAAUCCGCUGGUAAGGACAAGGAAUGCCGAGAAUUGCUUGCUGGAGUUAAAGAGAUCUUUGCACGAACCUAUGGGCCAAACUCCAAGAUAUACACGUACACCUCACUGAUCUCAUAGCUGUAUUUGUUGCAGCUGUUGUUCCGCUGUUUGACCCCGGUUUUCGUUGCAUUAUGCUUUGAGAAAUAAAAUAUUGAAGAC